AUGGAUCAGGAUCAGCGCCCCUCCUCACCGUCGACCACCCUUGCUUCCCGCCACCAUAACGAAAACACCGACAGCCUCCCAGCGCCAACCGUCGUCCCAUCCUCGCCAUCCCAAGCCCAGAACGGGUCUGGGUCCCCCCGCUUUGCCCGUCAACUGGCCUCGUCCCCAGCUGCGAUCCAGGAACAGGAAAGAGCUAUAAGCCCUUUGUCCUCCCCCGUUGCUCCCUCUACUCUCGCUCAACCUCAACAAUCUACUUCCUCUGAUCGUGCCAAUUCUUUGUUUGCAGAUCCACACGAGCAGAGCUCAGAUCAUACACAUACAGAUAAUCGAUCCCAUCCCGAUCAUUACAACCACAAGAGUCUUCGUCCUGUCGUACACGCUGUCAACGCAGCCAUGGCGUUCGAAAAGGGACGCAAGUUCUCCACGGGCACUUCGGUGCACCGCAAGCGCCAGAUGAGCACAUUGGUGGAGAAGGAAGGUCACUUUGGUCCUGCCCUCACCACCCUCUACCUCGGUGUCUCGGCCGUCUUCUCAGACGACCACACGGCCGUCGUAGCCCUGGCAAUUCACGACACAGUCUAUCUCGUGGACUUUUCCGUCAAGCAUAUUAUGCUGGACGACGCCAUGAAGAUGGGGGCCGAUCUGAUUGCUGACCACGUGAUUGCCGAAGUGGAAAAGUACGAGCACGAGAACUUUGCCAAGUUUAUCGGUGCUGGUCUGCCCACGACGCUCAAGUACAUGAGCCCGAGCUUGUGCUCGAGGCUGUGGCUGGAGCUGGAUAUUGUGCCGAUUGUGAUGCGGCCGGACGAUGAGCACAAGGAGAAGUCGUUUUGGGAUGUGAAGAGGGUGGACGAGCAGGCUGAUUCUAUGGCGCGGAAGUGUAUCAUGAACUUCGGCCCCUCUCUUGUUCCUCUUCUUCACGUUGGCUGGCGAGGAAUUGUCCAGACUGAUGCUGGCUUCCGAGCCCACCUUACGACAGUCCAGAACCACAAGGACACUUGCAGCCAUGCUACGUGGGAGACCAUGUUGACGUAUGCAAAGAAGCUCCGCGCGAACAAGACCAAAAUUGCCUUCUUCAGUUCCACACCUCAAGGUGGUGGUGUGGCUCUGAUGCGUCACGCAUUGGUCCGUUUUGCCCGUCUCAUGGGGGUGGACUUGACUUGGUAUGUCCCCAAGCCUCGUCCUGGUGUCUUCCGUAUCACCAAGAACAUCCACAACAUUCUCCAGGGUGUGAGCCACCCCGACCAACGAGUCUCGGCCGAGGAGAAGCAGUCCAUCAUUGACUGGAUCACCGACAAUGCGAACCGUUACUGGUUCUCUGAGGGUGGGCCACUGUGCUCGCCCGCGGACGGUGGUGCUGAUAUUGUCAUUGUAGGUACCUUGUACUUUCCUCUCUAUGAGUCUUUUUUUCCCCUCUCACUCGAACCAACGUCUACCCUCCAUCAUGCACGUUCCCUGGUUAAGGUUGUCCACCUGACCACAGCCACCACAACGGGAGCGUGGGGGAGUUCUUUCUCUUCCUACAGUACCACGAUCCGCAGCGACCUGGUCGCCAAGGCCGGCUCGCCCCAAGCCGACAUCUGGGACUUCUUGUGGUCCAACAUCCAAGGCGCAGACAUGUUCAUCUCCCACCCCAUCCCCAUCUUUGUCCCCCACACUGUCCCCCGAGAGAAGGUCGUCUACCUCCCCGCAACAACCGACUGGCUCGACGGCCUGAACAAGCACCUCAACAAGUGGGACAGCGGUUACUACGGCCACAUCUACAACGUGGCCUGCCACUCGCAGCGCAUGACGGAGCUGAACUGGCCAGCGAGGAAGUAUAUCAUUCAAGUUGCGAGAUUUGACCCUGCGAAGGGCAUCCCUACCGUGAUUGACUCCUAUGCCGAAUUCCGUCGCAGGUGUGACAAGCAAGGGCUCACCGAUGUGCCUCAGUUGGUGGUUUGCGGAAACGGGUCCGUUGACGAUCCAGACGCAAGCCUGAUCUAUGAUCAGACCAUGAGCCAGCUCGAGACGUACUACCCUGACCUGAUCAAGGAUGUGAGCGUCAUGAGGCUGGAUCCGAAUGAUCAGCUGAUCAAUACCCUGCUUGCCAACGCGCACGUCGUGCUGCAGUUGUCAACUCGGGAGGGUUUCGAGGUCAAAGUUUCGGAAGCACUUCAUGCGGGUAGACCGGUGAUUGUGACUGCCACGGGGGGCAUUCCGCUGCAGGUCAAGGACAAGGUGAAUGGGUUUUUGGUCCAGCCGGGGGAUUGGAAGGCGGUGGCGGGGCACUUGAUGGAGCUCUUUACGGAUGAGGAGCUGUGGAAGAAGAUGAGCCAUGCUGCUGCCACGGGGGUGUCGGAUGAGAUCGGGACCGUGGGCAACGCGCUCGGGUGGUUUUAUUUGGCGGCCAAGUGGAACGAGGUAGGCGUGGAAAAGCAUGGGAAGGGGGGGCUGAAGGGGAAUGAGAAGUGGGUGAAUGAUAUGGCGAGGGAGGAGGCGGGUUUCCCGUAUGCGGAGGGGGAGAAUAGGUUGCCGAGGCACUUUACGCAGAGCAAGGAGGUGCCGGUGCAUACCAAGUAA